AUGGGCGACUACUAUCAUCACUUCCUCACCUCCAUGACGGGGGUGGCUGUCAGCCAAAGCACAAGCCCAAAGGACACUCAUCCUCCUCAGUUCCCCGGAUCCCAGAUGCCAAUGAUGGGUGGUGCCAUGCCUGGACCCUACCCUAAUUUGGGAUACUUCACUGGCUUCCCCGACCCAGUCGGACUCGCUGCUCCCAAAUCCUCGAGGAAUCGAAGGAAGUCGGCACCGGGUCUGGAUCACGUCAAGCACCGCCGCACAAGGUCCGGAUGCUACAUGUGCAGAAGCCGGAGAGUCAAGUGCGAUGAAACUCGACCGGUCUGCGACAGAUGUCGGAAGGGAAGUCGCGAAUGCAUCUACCCGGAGGCUCCGGUAACCAGGGGAUCGGCUGCACAGUCUACGACAUCAAAAGACGGAUCGUCAACUCAGGAGACCAGCCCAGAUUCCUCUAACGACGCAGAAGACAGAGACGAAGAACCCGAGCCUGCCGGGUUAGACACCAUCCCGGACGAGGAUGAAGGGGACGAGGCGUCCUAUCAGAAGCAAUUUCCCCGGACAAGCAGAAGCAGCACAACCUCAUCGGCCACUCUACAGCGCAUAGGGGGCACACGCCAUGACUCUGAGACGCCGUCGCAUGAAGGGACCAAAAGCUCAUCACCCUCCGCGUCGACGAGUAGUCAAGCAACGACCGCAUAUGCGAUGCCAGAUCUUGCGAUUCUGUCGCUGAGUGGCCACGCCGACUGGUCACAUCUGCCUGCCGACUUGCGCCAGCACCUGGAGUACUUUUGCGAAAACGUCACACACUACCACUACUGUAUGUUGACAGAUGCCCACGAAUUCUUUCGUGUCAUUCUUCCAAAUUUUGCUCUACAAAACGAGGCUUUGCUUCACGCGAUCGCCGGAUUUGCUGCAUAUCAACGUACACUGCAAGAUCCCAAUGGCAAAAUAGAGGAAUUUUUGAAGUACUACAACAAGAGCGUCAUACUUUUGCUCAGCUCGCUAAAGAGAAAAGAGAAGCAUAAUGUCGCCAUGCUUCUGACAGUGCUACAGCUUGCCACGAUCGAGGAGUAUUUGGGUGACUGGAUCAAUCUUAUGGGACACCAAAAGGCCGCAUUCGAGAUGUUGACGCAUCUCUUCACUCCGGAGACGGCUGCUCAGAGUGCCCUCGGAAGAAUGAUCGUGUCCUGGUACGGGCGCUUCGACAUUUUCAUUGCUCUGAUGGGUGGAUUCCCUACAAUGCUAUCCCCCGAAUGGUUCACAGCCUUUGUCGAACACUGCGACCAGCAAGCCAUCUUGGACGAGGCAGAUAGCCUACAUUGGAAGUUGGAAGCAGAGUCAGGUCGUCUAAGAGUCAUCUCAAGAGAGAUGUCGACUCUAUUUGCGCGAGGCAGCAGGGGCCAGAUCUCGUCCGAGGACUUCGCAACCGAACACGAACGAAUCCAGAACUUGCUCCAGGGCUGGAGAGAUGGCUGGGACCAUGCGCUCACCGACCCGUCUUACCUCGUCACGGAUCUCGGCCACACGCGAUCCCUGAGUGACGAUGACAUCGUGGACCCCUAUGCCCCCGGAGUCCUGUAUGACUUCCCCAUCUUCUCCACGACAUUGCUCACCAGCGAAUUCAACUCCACUAUGAUGAUGCACAAAUGCCAGUCAUCGACGACACAGCGAGAACAGCUAUACGGCGAGCUGCGAGGUCACGCGUACGCCAUCUGUCAAAUCUUUGAGGCCGUGGAAAAGUGGCCGUCGAGUCCAAAGGGCAGUUUGAUUCUCAUACAGGCCUGCAUCGCCCUUUCAGCACUGUUCCUGCCGCAGGAUGCUAAACAUCACACCUGGAUCAGGAGAAAAUUUGCAUUGUUAGAGACUAUGGGAUACAUCCAUCCGAUUACGCUCCGUACCAAGAUGGCCGAGAUGUUUCAUGAGCCUUCCUGUGUGCGGUGGUGGCUGCCCAAUGACGAGGGCUACAGUCGGAUACUGCAGAACGUUCGGACCUUCGCCGAUGAGCGCAACGCCAACGCCGUUUCCGCACAAGCGGAAAACCUCCGUGAGGUUCGUCACAUCUUUGCCAAGAUGCAAAUGGCGGAGGAGGAUGCAAAUCGAGCCUGA